UUUCAGUUAUGAAUAACAGGGCGCUGUUAAUAGCAGCGUAGUUAAUGUUAAAAUUCCAUCGCUGCUGUUAUGGCCACUGGCAGAAGAAGAAGACGAAUUUGAUAAAGCCGAAAAAAAAACAAAAAUAAUCCAAACAAAAUUAAUUAAAAUGACAGACGAAUCUAAUUUUGCGGAACAAAUAUUAAAUGAUAAAAACAAAACAAAUGUGCGGUGUCAGUUUUGCAACAGUCUAAUGCUAAAAGCCAAAGAGGGCACCUACGCUGAGCAGGAAAUAGACGUGCCGCUGAUGGUGCAAAAGAAAGACAGCAAAGCCGAUGCGCUCAACACGGAGGCACUGCAUCAUUUCUGGCUGGUCGAGGACAUGAUGUCAUUCGAGAACAUCGGCUUCUCGCACACCGUCGACGGCCGCAAGUUUCUCGUCUGCGCCGACUGUGAACGUGGUCCGGUCGGUUACCAUGAGCUCGCCAGCAAGCGCUGUUAUCUGGCCCUGAAGCGUGUGGUGCAUGCGGACGCCUAAGUGGGCACUGGUAACAAUCGGAGGGGUCCUAUUCUAGCAAAGACAUGCACUGCCAGUGCUGCCAAGCCAUUGCGUUAGCCCAAUAUUAAAUUGCUUUUAUUAUACUCUGUUCGCAUGGCGCACAACGAGCAUAUUGGCUUUGGCGUCCUCACGUCUGUCUGUCCGUCCGUAAAGACUCGGAAAUGGAAAUAUAUGCUUGAGUAAAUCCGCUUUAGCUAAACUGUUCCGAUUAUUCAGGGUGCGCCUACUGAGAGACGCAUCUAUUGUAGAAAUCUAUCAACUUUACAGUUUUGCAGCCACAGUUCAUAAAAUUGGUAGCUAUAUCCUAUUAGAUCCUUAAACAUAAGUUUUAAGAUUAUCUAAAUCGUGAAAAUCUAUAUUAUCCACAGCUCUUAACCCUCUUCUUAGUUAAAAAACUUGCUUGCCAUGUCAAGUCAAUAUUUCACAGUUUAGGAGCCACCGUUGCUAUCGACUUGUCUGUCUGCGAACAGAGUAUUGGCUAGUCGGCUGCACCCGACUCUCGUAAUUGUAAGUGUAAAGCGAAAAGUUGUUCACAUCAAGACAAAACAAAACAAUUUUUAUGAUUUAAGCUUAUUUCUCCAAGCGUAGAUAAAACAAAA